CAUUGGACGAGCAGUUCAGUAGUGAAUAGGUAUUAUUGAACCAUGCUCCGAUUUGAAAUUUUUAUCUUCACUUUCAUAUGUCAGAUUCUCAUCAUCACAGAAUGUGCUCCAGAGGUUACAACGCCGACAGGAUGCGAGCAGUUCAAGAAUAAUCUGCAACUUGUUGUGGACAGACUAACUACAGGCGCUGGAGUUGUAAAUGGAAUCCAGGAAAAAUUAGAACAAUACAUAUUUCUACGAUGUUUACAGAACACCAAUCAGGAUGUAUUCUACCGCAACCUGGUCAAAGACCUGGAGGCUCUGCUUCCCGUAGUGUACACCCCCGUGGUGGGUUUGGCCUGUCAGAAGUACGGACUUGUACCUUGGCAGCAGAAUGGGCUGUUCAUAUCCAUCAAUGACAAGGGAAACGUGGAACAGAAACUGAGAAGCGUUUUACAACAAACAGGUCCGGUAUGGCGAAAACUGGGAAGCUCAGUUGUUAAUACAGCCGCAAGAUUCGUCCCAUUCUAUAAAAGGCAGAAAACAGAAGUAAAAGCAAUUGUAGUUACGGAUGGAGAACGUAUUCUAGGACUGGGUGAUCUUGGCGCCAACGGUAUGGGUAUACCUGUCGGCAAACUGGCCUUGUAUACAGCAAUAGGAGGAGUGCAUCCUAGAUAUUGUCUACCUGUCACUCUAGAUGUGGGGACCAACAACGAGGAACUCCUGAAGCCAGACUCCCCGUACGUUGGAUUGAGACAAAAACGAGGAGACCCGAAUGAAUACAAAGAGUUGGUCGACGAAUUCAUGAAAGCAGUGGUCAACGUUUACGGAAGGAAUACACUGAUACAAUUUGAAGACUUUGCGAAUGAAAAUGCCUUCAACUUCCUGACCAAAUACAGAGACCAAUACACAAUGUUCAAUGAUGAUAUUCAAGGAACUGCAGCUGUUACUGUGGCUGGCAUUUUGGCAGCUGUAAGAUUUAUGGACAAAAAACUAGAAGAUUUCAAGGUGCUUUUUGUAGGUGCUGGAGAGGCUGGUGUUGGGAUCGCAAACCUGCUGGUAACCGCCAUGGGAGGGGAUGCAGAUUUGGCUAGGAAGAGAAUAUACAUGAAGAGAAGCAAAAAAUUGAUUGUUAAAGGAGAUGAAAAGAACUACAAAGAUGAUGACGACAGAAGAUUGUACUGCCACGUGGACCCGGAGGGAAGAGAUAUCACCAAUUUGGACCAAAUAAUUAAAUGGAUAAAGCCAAAUAUUUUAAUUGGUGUCUCGGGGCAAGGCGGAAUCUUCAACAAGGAAGUUCUAGAGGCUAUGGCUGAAGUUUCAGACACUCCGAUCAUCAUGCCACUCAGCAACCCUACCUCCCAGUCCGAGUGUACUGCCGAAGAAGCCUACACUCACACCAAGGGCAAGUGUCUGUUCGCCAGUGGGUCCCCGUUUGUCCCAGUAAAAAAUGUUCAAGGUCAAACCCGUCAUCCUGGGCAAUGCAACAACGCUUACGUCUUCCCUGGGUUGGCGCUGGCCAUAACGGCGACUCAAAUGAACAAAGUCCCAGAGGAUGUCUUUCUGAUCGCAGCUAAGACUUUGGCAAACACAUGCACGUUUAAGGAGGACUUUGACAAAGGAGGUUUAUUUCCACCAAUGGAACGAAUCAGAGAUUGUUCAGUAGAAAUCGCUGUGGCAGUAGCUACACAUGCUUUUGAAAAUAAGUUGACUAAUCUUCAGAUGCCUAAGGACAUCCGCAAAUUCAUCUUAAGCCAUCACUACAGUCCUCCUAAGUAGUACCAUCACACUAGUGGUUGGAUAACAAGACAAGUUGUUAUUGUGAUUACUAUUAUUGGUGAAUAAUAACUAAACUUGAUUGCCAUUUAAAUGGAGCAUUAUUUUCACAUCGAUGAUUUUUAUCGAACUUCCCAUAUUACUAUAGGCCUAAAAAUAAUAUCUAAGCCAAAAUAACCACCCGUUCAAC